GUUCUGUUAAACCCGGAGAAAAACCCUUCCGCCAUCUCCGUCCCUCGCAGCUCCUCUUCUCCGACGGCUGCAAGUGCAACUCUCUCUCUCUCGCUCUCUCGCUCUCAGCUGGGAGCUCAGAAAUGGCGAAGGAGAAGUCUAAGCAUCUCGUCACCUCUUUCUCUCCCAAUGGUGAUUACUUUGCCAUCCUCUCUCCUGCCGGCGCUUCCGUUAAGAUAUGGAGUACAAAAGAUCAAACUUUCUUAACUGAGUGGGAGCCAUCGGAUGGCGAUGACGACAUCAGCUAUACAUGUUUAGCUUUGACUGUCAAAAUGAAGAAGCGUAGGAAACAAAGUACUUGCAUGUUAGCUGUCGGCACAAGUGACGGGAAAGUAUUUGUUGUUGAUGCAUUAACCAGGCAGACAAAGUGGACGUCAAAUGAAAGCCAUUUGAGUGGACUUGCUGGUCUUUCUUUUGUUGGAGGUGAAAAUAGUCUAUAUGCUGUUGGCACUGAUGGGAAGGUGGUUCUGAUGAAUUCAGAAAAUGGUGAAGUAAUUCGCAAUUUCAAAGCUGCAGAGAGGCCCAUCUCUUCUGUUGCCUUUUCUCGUGACUGGAAAGUUUUAGCUUUAAAUGAUGGUGAGGUGAGGUUAGUAAGCUUGGAAAGCGAACAGGAGCUUCUGAAGUUCUCAGAUGAUAUGGGUCGUUUAUAUGAUGUAUCCGUAUCUGAUGAUGCCAAGAGCAUUGUCACUUCUGGACGAAAGAACAAAUAUCUUCAGGUCUGGCGAUGUGAUGCAAGUUGCACUCUUGGAAAACCAACAAAGAUAAAAGUAAAGGCUAACGCAGCUGAAACCACAGUAGAAAAUAGGGAGACUGCUGAAAAGAAUCUCAGUUCUAUCAUUGCUGCUAAAUUUCACCUAGAAGUAGACGAAUCAAUGGCGGUUCUUAUUGCUCACGGGUCAGACGAUUCCCCACAAUUUAAUCUCGUAAAUGUUAGUAAUAUUGGAGACAAUAUUACUGUGACUGCUGCUGAUGGGGCAAGAGAUAAUCAAGAAGUAGAAGUUCCUGUAGAUGAAGCACCAACUCAAGAUGUGAAGUCAAAGAAGAAACGGGCUGCUUCUGAUCCAGAUAUUUCAACUGAAAAUGCAGUAGGUCAGAAAGAAUCUUUUGAUGGGGGCCUCGUUGAGGAUGAUUUAAAUGAACCAACAAUGGGAGAGAAACUUGAGAAAUUGAAUCUACUCAAUGAUAGAGAAAAAUUGCACAAUGAGAAACAAGGGCCAUCCCCUCUUGCACAGCCUCCGAGUGCCGACUCUGUUAAUGUUCUGCUUAGGCAAGCAUUGCGUGCUGAUGAUCGUGCUCUACUGUUGGAAUGCUUAUACACACAAGACGAAAAGGUUAUAGCGAAUUCAAUCUCUCUUUUGGGUCCAUCUGAUGUUCGCAAGCUUUUACAGUACCUUAUAUCAGUAGUUCAGUCAAGGGGGGCUGUGGUGGCGUGUGCUCUUCCAUGGCUUAGGAGACUUCUGCUUCAGCACGCCAGUGGGAUAAUCUCUCAGGAAUCUUCAUUCACUUCAUUGAAUUCGUUAUAUCAGCUUAUAGAAUCUAGACUCUCAACAUUCCAGUCUGCUCUUCGUUUAUCAAGUUGCCUCGACCUCCUUUACGCGGGAGUCGUUGACAUGGGAGAGGAUGAAGAAAUGGUACAGCCGGUGAUUUAUGAGGACAAGGACGAUAGCGAAGACGAGAAAUCAUCGGAAGGGGACGCAAUGGAUACUGAUCGAAGCAGCGAAGAAGAGGAGCCGACUGGAGUGCUAUCAGAUGGAUUUGGUGAUGCUGAGAUCGAUGAAAUGAGUGAUUAAGCGGUAGUCUCGGGAGCCCCCAGUAGAAUGUUCAAUUUUGUCAAUGUUGCGGUUUGCUCAUUGUACUUCUACCGGAUAAAAUAUUAAUAUGUUCACCAGUUUCUGGAGGGCCAUAGACCUAGGGGCCCCAUGGAUUGAAGGAAGAACGAAUAUUUCAAAAAUUGAAUCAACUCACUCCUGCUACUGAUGUAAGUUUACAUAAUAUUAGUCAUUGUAUGAACAAAGGUAAAGUCAAUUCAUUGAUCUUAAAAUUGAAGUUAUCACUUUA